AUGACUGAUAAGCCGAAAAAUAAACAAGGUGAUGAUUGGAUUUGUUUACUAAAUUUAAAACCACAUCCAGAAGGAGGAUUUUAUUCAGAAACAUAUAUGAGUGAUGAUCAAUGCGUACUUGAACGUUAUAAUAAACAAAUACGUUCAUGUUCAGGAGCAAUUUAUUAUUUACUUAAAUUUCCUGAAUCACCAGUGAGCGUUUUUCAUCGUAUAAAAGCAGAUGAAAUGUGGCAUUUCUAUCGUGGUUUACCAUUAUUUAUACAUGUAUUAGAUGAACAAGACUCGUCGUAUACUAAACACAUAUUAACAUCAGAUUUAACGGUAGACAUCAAUGCUCGGCCACAAAUUCUUGUUUCUCAUGGAAAAUGGUUUGCAGCUGAAAUCAUCAAAACAAAGAUGGAUGAUACCAUGGAUAAUUAUACUCUAUGCGGAUGUACCUGUAUGCCAGGAUUUGAUGAUAAAGAUUUUGAAUGUGCAAAAAGAUCAUAUUUAAUUGAAAAAUUUCCAAGUUUAAAAGAUUUAAUUAUUCUUUUGACACCGGUAGAGUAA